UAUUGAAAACCCCUUCAUUCCCCAACAUGCGGCUCAACUCCCGAGUUCUCGCACACCCGAUGACCAACACUGCAUCACCCACGCUCCCAUUUCCUCAGUUUGGUGUCGUUUGUUUCUACCCCAGACUUCACCGAACAUGUCAGGCCUGGAAGUCCUCAGCGUCGCUUCCAGCAUUAUCUCAAUCGUCGACGCAGUCUCAAAAGUCAUCAACACGCUCAGACUGGCCAUAGAGUGUAUGAACCAAAGCCAACACGGCAAUGAUCUGGAUGACACGGCAAAGAAGUCCUGCAGUGCGAUGGUGCAAGUUCUUAAAGCAUGUCAAGAAAAAGCCGCGCUGCUGGGAACUCUCUUCGAGGCGAUCUUGCCCCCAGGGACGACGCGCCCUUCGGCGCGCAAGCGCUUCACCACCGCCGUCAUCAUGACGCUACAUGUCGGCAAGAGCAGGAAGGUCGAAUCGCUGAUGAAGGGUAUCCUACAAGACAUCCAGCUUCUGGCGAACAAUCGUGCACUGGAUGAGGCCACUAGAGGCAAGAUGAAGGCCAGAAUCGAGAUGAAUAUAUCAGCUCAGAAUGAUGUCGUCCCGUCGUCGGGAACUUGUCCAUCGCCCCCGGCUACACGUGCGAGUCCAAUUGCUUGUGUUGAGGAUCAUAAACCUUCUGUGCCGUCAGUGCCGUCAGAGCAGUCGUCUGUACCUUUGUCACAAGAACCAAGGCCACCCAUGUCGUAUCACCAACCGUCCGUCUUCCGUAACUACGGUACUGGAACACAAAAUGUCCACUCUGGCCGCGGCAACCAGAACAUUAACAGUGGACAGGGUUACUUCUUCAGCGGAACAGUCACCGGUCCUAUCCACUUUUCGACUGCUGCCAGCUGUUAAAAAGACGCCACUUUAUCCAGGGCCCAGGCGGACAUCCUAUUCCACACAGAAAUCGUGGAGAUAUGUCACAUUCUUUAGAUCCGUUAUCACUUGUCUUCGAUCGCGCGGGUAUACGGGCAUG